AUGUUGCGAAAAACUCGCCUAUCUACAUCCCAACACAGUUCGGCCUUUGAACCUGUCAAGUCGUCAUCCUCCUGCCACAGAAGAACAUUCAUCCCUGCUACAGUCAAGCUGUGGAACUGUCUCCCACAGGACAAUGUCAACACCAGGGACCUUCCGAACUUCAAACGUAAAGUCAAUGCCUACCUCAGCGACACUCACGCCUGUGAGAAGGCUGCUGACAACAAGGCUUAUGGUGGUCAACUCAAUGCAUCAAGCCAAGUGAAGAAGCUGUGGAUUGCAUUAUCAGUGGUCUUUGUGAUGGUCAUGGCGAACGCAAUACUACUGACAUACUUUGCAGUUAAAGAAAAAGUGGGAGAGAUGGGCCCACCUGGACGUCCAGGAGAAAUGGGACCUAUAGGGCCUCCUGGGCCUGUAGGAUCUCAGGGAGAACUGGGACCCAUUGGGCCUCCUGGGCCUGCCGGACCUCCGGGAGAACUGGGACCCAUCGGGCCUCCUGGGGCUGCCGGACCUUCGGGACCGAAGGGACCCAGGGAGAUGACUGCAGCAACAGGACAAUCCUGUUGCCCCAUGGGUUACAGUAAGGUGGGUGAGAUGUGUUACAAGGCGUUCAACGACAAAGCAAACUUCGCUGAGUCAGCCCGGCGUUGCCGUAAAGAGCGCGGCACCCUCGCCAAGCCCCGAGACGCUGCAACAGACCGCUUCCUCAUCUCCCUCAAGAACGCCGUGGACAGCCGAGCCCGUUUCUGGUUUGGUCUCCAUGAUCAGCGCAAAGAAGGAAGCUUUCAGUGGAUGUAUGGCACUGCACUGGAACAUGGGAGCUACACCAACUGGGCUCCAGACCAACCAGACAACGAACGUAACGAGGAUUGUGUUCACUACUUUUCCUCUACCGAACCCAGGGGGUGGCAAAACAAUUGGAAUGACGCAGACUGCAGCGAAUUGUAUGGCUACAUAUGUCUAGUGCCAGCUGACUAUGAUGCGACCAUUGACAAAGCUGGCGGAGACGGAGUGAACAUGUCAAGUCAUGCACAGAAACUGUGGAUGGCGUUCACGGUGGUCUUUGUGAUCGUUGUUAUGAACAGUAUACUACUGACAUACUUUGCAGCCUGUUGCCCCAUGGGUUACAGUAAGGUGGGUGAGAUGUGUUACAAGGCGUUCAACGACAAAGCAAACUUCGCUGAGUCAGUCCGGCGUUGCCGUCAAGAGGGCGGCACCCUCGCCAUGCCCCGAGACGCUGCAACAGACCGCUUCCUCAUCUCCCUCAAGAACGCCGUGGACAGCCGCUCCCGUUUCUGGUUUGGUCUCCAUGAUCAGCGCAAAGAAGGAAGCUUUCAGUGGAUGGAUGUCACUGCACUGAAACGCGGGAGCUACACCAAUUGGGCUCCGCAACAACCAGACAACGAACGACGUAUGUCAACGCGAGGCUGA